GCUCGCCCGCCCAGCUCCGCAACCCGGAAGGGGCGAGACCGCGAGCCGAGACCGCGCCGCCGCUUGCUACCGUCUGGACGGGCCUGAGUGCAUCUCGCUCCUGCCUGGGUCUCCGCUGGGUGAGGCUUUUCCAAAAACCCAACCGGGCCUGACCCCGGGCAAGCCCUGAGCUCCAGGGUCCCUGCUGGAGCGUGCGGCUGCUCGAAACCCGGGGCGGGCAGGCGCCGCCGGGGCUUGCAGACGGCCUGCAGGACCUGCUGCCAUCCAGAGUGGCUGAUUUCCAACUUCUUUUUUUUUUGUGAUCUUGUGCAAGUUAAUUCUCAACCCCUCGUUUGUAAAAUGGAACUGAUGGCAUUAAAGAUCAGCUCCCAUUUGGGACAAAUAAGCCUCUAUUAAUUCUUGGUGUGAUGAGUGGGAUUUACUGUCUUGAAAUGGAGAAGUCAAGUCACUGAACUUGGGUCCUGACUCCUCUGGGACACUGGAGAGAUGGAAACUUUAAAAUCUGAGAACAAAAAGAGGGUCCUCCCUUCAUGGAUGACAGCCCCGGUGGCCGAGAAGAGGGUGGUGCCAGGGGCGAUGUCCAAGAAGAGGAGAAUGACGGCACCCGUGGUGGCAGCAGCAAGAGUCCCUGCAGUGAAGACUGUGUACUGCAUGAACGAAGCCGAGAUGGUAGAUGUGGCUCUGGGGAUCCUGAUUGAGGGCCACAAACAGGAAGAGCCCUGGAAACAGCCAGGCCACACUGAUAAGCCGCCGCGCUCCUCAUCCUGCGCAGGGUCCCCUCGCACCAGUUCCCCUGGGAGCAGCAGUGAGGAAGAGGAUGGUGGGAAAAACACAACUGCUUUAGGCCUCAGCCCUUCCCAGGGGCCGGGAGCUUCCAACUCUACCUGCAACAUGAACCCCGAAGAGGAGAAGGAGGAGGAGGAGGAAGACCUAUUAAAAUACGUCAGGGAGAUCUUUUUCAGCUAAAGGAUGAGCUGGCUACUGACUGGGCUUUCUCCUGAGAGUGGUGUAGGCUGCCCCCCGAGUGUUGCCAGCCCGGCGCCUCUCAGAGGCCUGCUAGAUUCGCCUUAGGUUGGAACCCCCAGAGUGCUCCCAGCUCUGGGUGCUGAGUAAGCAGAAGCCAUGCAGGAGGUAGAGGUGCCCCCCUCAUUAGAGUCUCAUUUUGCGUCUUGGUCACCCUGGCCCAGAAGGCCUAGAAACCCAGUCGUGUGUUUUCUUCAACUACCAGGUUCCAGAGAAAAUGAGGUCAUGGGUCUAGCUUACUGGAGACACAGAGACAACUUGAUUGAUGAUUAAAAAAUAAAAAAAAAGUAUGGCUGCCAGAGGCUGGAGAGAUUGCCCAGUGGUUAAGGCGCUCACCUGCAAAGCCUAAUGACCCAAGUUUGCUUCCCUAGUCCCUGCGUAAAGCCUGAUGAAUAAAGUGGCACAUACGUCUCUGUCUUGGCUGGACGUGGUGGCGCACACCUUUAAUCCCAGCACUCUGGAGGCCGAGGUAGGAGAAUUGCUGAGUUCAAGGCCAGCCUGAGACUCCGUAGUGAAUUCCAGGUCAGCCUGGACUACAGCAAGAACCUACCUUGAAAAACCAAACAACAAAAAGAAAAGUAUUUUCUGCUAGCACUGGAAUUCCUGGAGUGUAGGCUGUUGGAUCCUGCCCUCGAGGAAGAGUGUGCCGAACAGACUCCAUUCAGCAGCAGGCUCCCGCUUCUAGGUGCCAAGUCUGGCAGCUGCCCAUCUAGAAGAGGGAGGCUCUUGUGCUCAGGCUGGCGAGCCAUGCAGGUUCCUUUUCCAGGCCCCGCCUUUUUUCCACCUGGGCCUACCUCUGUCUUGGUCAUUGAGCAGCUGUAAGUGGAAAGUGGGUCAGGAGAUGGGAAGGACAAAAGAUCGUGCCAGAGGCCAUGUUUCUGUCUCUGUAUUUAAUAUGGCUUUUGACAAGCAAAAUGAAGUUUUCCAAUAAUGCACACACUGAAAAAUGCACAAAAUGUCCCGAUGCUCUUGUUUUUUUCCAGGUCUGGGUAGAAAAGUGAGGGGAUGCUGUGUGUGUGUGUGUGUGUGUGUGUGUGUGUGUGUGUGUGUGUGUGUGUGUCCAUUCAGUUCUGGUCAACUUCUUCAAGGCUUUGCAUGUCCUGUGUCACAAAAGUAAAGAUUUGACAGCUGGU